AUGAUCCAGGUCUAUCGAGGACGCGGGGGCUGUCCGGCCCUAGGUCUGUGCGAUUCGGCGGCCGGCCUUGAGCUCGGGACCGCCGGCGGCUUCGGGCAAAUCGGGGUCAUGAGAAAGCAUGAGAAGAGUGGUUUACGUAAGACGCGCUCGAGUCGUGCGAUGUGGACACUCCAAGCCUGA